AAACUAUAAAACCCCUGAGGUGCAUUUACAACAGAUGUAUUGGUGAGUUUUUGGUGUGAAGAAGAACAAAGACUGUCCAUAGCUAGGAUGAUUCUGAUUCUUAAAUACACUGGAGCAACAAUCCUUUUACUGUCUGUUCUAACUGAAAUUGGACAACUUUAUCCAAACAAUGACUUUGGCUGUGAAGAGUGCAAACUGAAGGAGAACAAUAUUUUCUCAAAACCUGGCGCUCCUGUGUAUCAAUGCAUGGGAUGCUGCUUUUCCAGAGCUUACCCGACUCCCUUGAGGUCCAAGAAAACUAUGCUGGUCCCAAAGAAUAUCACAUCUGAAGCCACGUGCUGUGUUGCCAAAGAGGUUAAACGGGUCAUUGUUAAUGAUGUAAAGCUAAUGAAUCACACAGACUGCCACUGCAGCACUUGUUACUAUCAUAAAUUUUAGACAUCAUGACCUUGAAACAAACAUGUUUGUUUAGCGUGUUAAAGAAAUCCCUUGAAUGCAAGUCACGUAACAAAAAAUUACACCUUUGCUCAUGUGCAUGCUAAAUUUUCUGUGCUUAAUAUUUGUUAUUAAGCUGUAAUUGCCCGUCUUAUUAUUUUAGAGAACUAAACCAAAUUGCUAAGUGUAAUAUGUGCAUCGUGCCUUUAAAAUAAAGCAUAUGCUGCAACUAUGUGUGUAUGUAUGUAUGUAUCUAUCUAUCUAUCUAUCUCUUAUUAUUUAUUCUAGUCAUCCACAUUAUAAUUUGAAUGCUAUUUUAUCUUUUAAAAUGAUUACAUAUAGUAGUAUACAAAGUAACUAACAAACAAAAAU